AUAUAUUGUACACAUAGGCUGGAGGUAAUGGAGACACAUGUUGGAGAAAACAGUGCAGUAGAUGUAAAGAAUUCUAUAUUGGAGAUCCUGUAGAUGGACACCAGUGUUUCCGUUCUAUGUCUGUUGACCAUGAUUACUGUUUUAUGGAUGAAGAAGUUGCAGACUCAUGCAGUGGAUCUGUUAAACCUCUCAGGCCAGGUGAUACUGUACUGUAUGCUGUACAACCCAAGUUUAGAAAUGUUGAUAUUAAAAUCAUCAUUGAUGUUACUGAAGGAUCCCUGGAUGUAUACUUGAGUGCUGAGGCCCAGAUGUUUCUAGUAAAGUAUAACCAGACUACAGGAUACAAUAGUGUAAACUUUGAUAAGAAGUAUCCAAUCAAAAUACAUAAAGAGACAGAUGAACCCGAAUAUAAACUUGAGUACAGAAGUAGGGUCUGGAGUCCAACAGAGAACUAUUUUUCGAGAUAUUCUGGAUACAUUCCGAUACAGGUACAUUUUGAUAUAGGUAGGAUACAUUCCGAUACAAAUGAUUAUUGA